AUGGCUUCCCGGCGGCUCGCCUUCAACAUGCAGCAGGCGAUGCGCAGCCGCGCCGCCCUCAACUCCAUCAGGUCGCCAUUGACGAGAGGCAUGGCGGUGCCGGUCAGCCACGGAUCCAAGACCGAGAGCACUACGCUGGCCAACGGCUUCACGAUCGCAACCGAGCACUCGCCCUGGGCUCAGACGUCGACGGUUGGUGUCUGGAUUGACGCUGGUAGCCGCGCCGAGACGGACGCGACCAAUGGCACUGCGCACUUCCUGGAGCACCUUGCUUUCAAGGGCACCCAGAAGCGGACGCAGCAGCAGCUGGAGCUGGAGAUUGAGAACAUGGGCGGCCACCUGAACGCCUACACUUCUCGCGAGAACACCGUCUACUACGCCAAGGCCUUCAACUCCGAUGUUCCGAACACCGUCGACAUCCUUUCCGACAUCCUCCAGAACUCCAAGCUCGAGAAGGCCGCCAUCGAGCGCGAGCGUGACGUGAUCCUCCGCGAGCAGGAGGAGGUUGACAAGCAGCUCGAGGAGGUUGUUUUCGACCACCUCCACGCCACUGCCUUCCAGGGCCAGCCCCUCGGCCGCACCAUCCUCGGACCCAAGGAGAACAUCCAGACCAUUUCCCGCGAUGACCUCGUCAACUACAUCAAGACCAACUACACCGCUGACCGCAUGGUCCUUGUCGGUGCCGGUGGUGUUCCCCACGAGCAGCUCGUCGAUCUCGCCGAGAAGUACUUCUCUGACCUUCCCACCGAGGCCCCCAGCACGCACUCUUCCAUCGCCGCUGCCCAGAAGGCCAAGCCCGACUUCAUUGGCUCCGAGGUCCGCAUCCGUGACGACACCAUGCCCACUGCCAACAUCGCCAUCGCUGUUGAGGGUGUCAGCUGGAAGGAUGACGACUACUUCACUGCUCUCGUUGCCCAGGCCAUUGUCGGCAACUGGGACCGCGCCAUGGGCAGCUCUCCCUACCUUGGCAGCAAGCUCAGCACUUUCGUCCACAACCACGGCCUUGCCAACAGCUUCAUGAGCUUCUCCACCUCUUACAGUGACACUGGUCUCUGGGGUAUCUACCUCGUCACCGACGCCGUCACUAAGAUCGACGACCUUGUCCACUUCACCCUCCGUGAGUGGUCUCGCCUGUCCUACAACGUCGGCGAGGCCGAGACCGAGCGCGCCAAGGCUCAGCUUAAGGCCUCGAUCCUUCUGGCUCUUGACGGCACCACCGCCACCGCCGAGGACAUUGGUCGCCAGAUCAUCACCACUGGCCGCCGCCUGAGCCCCGAGGAGGUCGAGCGCGUCGUCGGUGCCAUCACCGAGAAGGACGUUAUGGACUUCGCCAGGAGGAAGCUGUGGGACCGCGACAUUGCCAUUUCUGCCGUUGGCCAGAUCGAGGGUCUCUUGGACUACGCCCGUGUCAGGAACGACAUGAGCAGGAACGCGAGCUAA